UGCACCAACUUCAACGACAGCGGGGCGUGCGUGACCCAGUGCCCCCAGCCCUUUGUGUACAACCCCACCACCUUCCAGCUGGAAUCCAACCCACGGGCCAAGUACACCUAUGGAUCCUUCUGUGUGGAGAAGUGUCCCCAUAACUUUGUGGUGGACCACAGCUCCUGUGUGAGGGCUUGUCCCAGCAACAAGAUGGAAGUAGAGGAGAACCGCAUCAAGAUGUGCAUCCCCUGCACUGAUAUCUGUCCCAAAGUGUGUGACGGCAUAGGGACUGGCAGCCUGCAGACAGCCCAGACGGUGGAUGCCAGCAACAUAGAGAUGUUUGUCAACUGCACCAAGAUCAACGGCAACCUCAUCUUCCUCAUCACCGGCAUCAAAGGGGAUAUGUACCAUGGUAUAGGAGCCUUGGACCCGGAGCGGCUCAACGUUUUCCGCACAGUGAGAGAGAUCACAGGGUUCCUCAAUAUCCAGUCCUGGCCAGAGAACAUGACAGACCUCGGUGUCUUCUCCAAUCUGGCAACCAUCGGUGGGAGAUCACUGUACAGUGGGAUCUCUCUGCUGAUCCUGAAGCAGCGUUGGAUCUCCUCUCUCCAGUUCCAGUCUCUGGAUGAGAUCAGUGCGGGCAACGUGUACAUCACCAACAACAGCCGCCUGUGCUUCUACAACCACCGUCAACUGGACCAGCCUGUUCCGCACCAGCAACCAGAAGGUGCUCAUCCGCAACAACCGCCGCCCCCAGCGAGUGCAGCCCAAACAGAGGAUGGUGUGACCGGCUGUGUUCUGAAGAUGGUUGCUGGGGUCCAGGGCCUAACCAGUGCCUCUCCUGUCGUUACUUUAGCCGAGGACGUUCCUGUGUGCCGUCCUGCAACCUCUAUGACGG